GUUUAACACCUUUCAUCUGGAGGCAUCUUCUUCCUGUCAGUUUGACUCUGUGGCCGUUUAUGACGGACCGGACACUCUGUCACCCUUGCUGGGGAAAUUCUGUGGCACAGUGCUCCCACCCAAUCUCCGUUCCUCCACAAAUCAGCUAUUCAUUGUCUUCAGAACAGAUAACUCAGUGAGUGGGAUUGGUUGGAGAGCUACUUACAGUCAAACGCUCGGUCCAGCACAGGGAUGUGGCGGAUACCUUUCCAUGCCCAUGGGCAUGUUUGGUUCACCAGAUCCAAAUCUAGAUGGUGUCUAUGAACCACGGAUGAACUGCCUGUGGACCAUUGAGAUGCCUGUCAACAAGGCAGUCAAUCUGACCUUUGACUCCUUUGAACUUGAGACUUCCACUACCUGCCGCUAUGACUAUGUCAGA